AUGACAAACAGUGUCAAAUCAAAUGAUUCGACUGCUGAUGCAAGAGUAAUUGAUGAAUGGAAUUCUCAAACAAUUGUGGAUUCACGCAAUGUUCUUCUCAUUCAACAGUCAAGUGAACCAUCACAAACUGGUGACAGUCCACGUCUAACAACGAUAAAACAGCCUCCACAACAAUAUCCAAAUCAUAUUCUUCAUCCCGAGGUAAUUCCAUCGUUUAAAGAAGUUCCGCUUGAAUUAAAUAAACGACGACGACAUGUUCGAGGAACAACGGAUCUUGAUGAUCCGUUCGAUAGUGAAAUGCCACUGGAAAUUGCCAGUUCAUUGCAAGAAGAAGUAGAUAGAGCUGUACAAAGCAGGGCUGCUCAAGAUCGUAUGACAUCCACACAAGGCCUGGAACCUAAUUUUGAAGGUGUUCCCGAAAACGGUGUUAUACCAGCUGAAUAUUCUUUAAAGCCAAAUUCACAAGUUGAACAUGUUCAACAACAACAUCAACAACAAUAUGUUCAAAAGGCAGCAUCAUCUGUAUCAGUUGAAACAUUUCAACGUAUUACAAUAGCUGGAGAUUUUCACGAUAUGUCUCACAUUGAAGAUUUAGAUGAAGCGGUUGGUCCAUUAUUACGUGCACUUGUAAUACGUGAAAAAUAUAUGAUAUUUAGUUUGCAAUCAUUUCCAUCAAUUGUUGCCAAAUUUUUAACAAAAACUCUAGAAAAUGAAGAUAAAUCGCGUCGUGUAUCCAGCACCGUUAUCAAACUAAAUGCCGAUCAUCCCUAUCAUCCACCGGUUAUUAAACGAGAAGAGGCAUUUAACAUUCCAAUAUUAGAUCCAAUUGAUGUUUGUGUUAAACCAGAAUAUGGAAUUUAUCGUCCCUAUAUUCUUGAUGAUAAAAACCAAUGGGUCUGUGCUGAUUUUCCGAUUGUUGAUCGUGAUCAAUUUAUUGAAGAUUAUACACUUCUAUCAGCAAUUAUUAUGGAUGGACCGCUCAAAUCAUUUUGUUAUCGUCGCUUACAAUAUCUAAAAGCAAAAUAUGAACUACAUGGACUGUUAAAUGAAGUUAAAGAGUGGGCUGCCAUUAAAUCAACACCACAUCGUGAUUUUUAUAAUGUUCGAAAAGUUGAUACUCAUGUUCAUGCUGCAUCAUCAAUGAAUCAAAAACAUUUAUUACGAUUUAUGAAGAAAAAAAUGAAAAAAUCACCAGACAUGCCUGUGUAUAAAACAAAAGAUGGACGAAUAAUGACUCUCAAACAAGUAUUCGAUGAGUUACAUAUAACAGCUUAUGAUUUGAGUGUUGAUAUGCUUGGUGUACAUGCGGAUCGUAAUACAUUUCAACGAUUUGAUCGUUUUAAUACUAAAUAUAAUCCACUUGGACAAAGUACACUUCGAGAAAUUUUCAUUAAAACGGAUAAUUAUAUAAAUGGUGUAUUUUUUGCUGAUUUACUAAAAGAAGUUAUAAGUGAUUUAGAAGAUAGUAAAUAUCAACAUGCCGAAUUACGUUUAUCUAUUUAUGGUAAAAGUAUGGAUGAAUGGGAUAAAUUAGCAAAAUGGGUUAUUAAAAAUACAAUGUAUUCAGCAAAUGUUGGUUGGAUGGUGCAAAUUCCACGGUUAUAUGAUGUAUACCAUGCAAAUGGUAUAACAAAAAAUUUUCAAGAAUUUUUAUCAAAUCUAUUUGAACCAUUGUUUGCUGCCACAAUUAAUCCAGGCGCUCAUCCGGAUUUAUUUAAAUUUAUGCAUCAUGCAAGUUCUCUUUAUUUAUCUGGAUUAGAUUCAGUCGAUGACGAAACAAAACCAGAACGACCUAUUCUUACCUCAGAUAUGCCGUAUCCAGAAGCAUGGUCACAAAAAGAUAAUCCACCUUAUGUCUACUACAUUUUCUAUAUGUAUGCGAAUAUUCUUACAUUAAAUCAAUUGAGAAGAUCACGUGGAUUAAAUACAAUUCAAUUUCGACCACAUUGUGGUGAAGCUGGUGCAGUGACUCAUCUUGUUGCUGCUUAUAUGUGUGCAGAAAAUAUUUCACAUGGAUUACUUCUUCGAAAGUCACCUGUAUUGCAAUAUUUAUUUUAUCUAUGUCAGAUUGGUAUUGCAAUGUCACCAUUGAGUAAUAAUUCAUUAUUUAUUAAUUAUAAUCGUAAUCCAAUGUUAGAAUAUUUUGAACGUGGUCUUUGUGUGUCUCUAUCAACGGAUGAUCCAAUGCAAUUCCAUUUCACAAAAGAACCAUUGAUGGAAGAAUACAGCAUCGCAGCACAAGUAUGGAAAUUAUCAUCAGUUGACAUGUGUGAAUUGGCUAGGAACUCAGUGUUAAUGAGUGGAUUUUCGGAUGAGGUUAAACAAUAUUGGUUAGGAUUGAAUUAUAUGCUACCCGGUAUCGCAGGCAACGAUAUUCGGCGAACAAAUGUACCAAGUAUACGUAUUGCCUAUCGCUAUGAGGCGUUAUGCGAAGAACUACGUUUGCUUGGAAUUGCGUAUAAAGACAGACGAGAUCGCAAAAUCAAAGGUGAUAUGGAAAGCCUACCAGAUCAUCAUUUGACAACACCAAAACAAGCUCAUAAUUCUAGUCAUGCUGGUAAACAGUCAACUGUUCAUGAUCAUCAACGUGCACCGCUUUCAUUCUCUCCUUAUACACAUAAGAAUAUAACAGAAGAUAUUCACAUGAGCGAUAUGGAAGUUGAAACAGUGUUGGACGAUAUAUCCGGUCUUGAUAACCGUCAUCAAGAAAAACAAUUAUUUUAA